GUGAGCUGUGAUUGGUCACAGCUUGUCACAUGGUACAAGGCUGUUGUGAAUAGCCUUAUACCAUGUGACCUCUGUGAUCAUUCACAGAUUUCUUACAUAGUAAGCAAUGAUGUCACAAGUGACAUCUUGCUUACUACUCUGCAUGUGAUCACUGAUUGGCCAAUGAGUGAUCACAUGAUCGGGACCUUGCACAGAGGUCCCUGCCGAUCCCACCUCUGACAACUGCCAGCGUGAGUGAAAGUGUAGCCAAUAAGGCUGGCCAUACACUAUACAAUUUCUGCCCAAUUUCCUUUAGAUUUACCUUCAACUAUGUAGUACAAGAGCCUGCCUAA